AUUUCGUAUGAAUAUUUUAAUCGAUAAAAAAUUAAAAUAAAAGCAAUUCAACGAAGACUUAUUAUUAUGCCUUAUAAUAAGAAGAUGAGAAAAACUAAUACGACAAUCAUAAGCUAUUGUAAGAAUAAUCAAGCACUCUUUUAUGAUAAGUUAUAACAAUCGAAAAUUCGAAAAAGCGAAAGAGAUUCAUAAAAAGAAGAAAAACGAUCAUAAUUUUCAUGCUCUCUUGAAUCAUCUACGACUCGUAGACAAAGCAAUAAACCUCUUAAGGAACACUUGGCGGAUAAGAAAGAUCAAGAAGAGAUAUCGUAGAAAGAAGCUUGAGAAGAAUAGGGAAAAAAAUCACGGAAGGUUUCACGAAUCGUUGAAAUCGAUCAAAAGAUAUCGCACGUCGCACCGUUACACAUGACAAUAACAAUUUGCUCAAUAAUGACGGCCGGAGAUCAGAGGGCACUCGACAGACAAAGAGUCGAGUUUCGCUGUGACGCGACGGAGUCUGGUCGAGUGGGAGCAGCAUCGGGAGUGCGGCAACAACACCUACGCACCGCGGCAGACACGCCGCUACGGUGCAAGUAAAGCGGCAACGCGCUGCUCCGAGCUACAUGCAGCGUGCUCCGUAAUUCCCUCCGCGGCUCCCUCCCAGAGAGAUCCCUCCAUAGCGUAUCCGCGUGCCGCGUGGCGCGCUGGCUUCGUGUCUCGAAGGCGGCCGCGCUCCUCCACCGCUACCACCGCCACCAGCACCGUCACCACCACCAUCCCCUGCUGACGGUCGACCGAGCGGCCGACUCUGACAGUGGCUCGACCGACCGAUGACAGCCGAGGCGUCAGUUCUCAGUGCGCCAGCGUGCCGUGUGGAACGGUCGCGCGUGCGUUAACGUGCGGAACAGCACGCGUGGCGGACGGACGGUCAGCUGUCAAACUCCCUGCGCGUCGCCUCCGACCGACUGCGACGGUCCCAAUGAAUCCCGCGCCCGAUGAGUGAUGAAUCAUCGUCGUCUGUCUUUCCGGGAUCGAGUGAUUUCUGAUCGUGCGUGAUCGUAUUCCUGAUUUCCAGUCCAAAUCGCGUCCAAACGUCUCGCGUCCAAUUCCCACACGUAUAAUCCCCGGAAGAUGUACGUCGUCUUCGACAUCACGAAACCGGCAUCGAGCGGUUUUUAUUACCGAGCGGACGUCCGACGCGCGUACACGAGUUACUCGUAGAAGAAACGACGUCGUCGCGAGGGGAUAUAUACUUCGCUUUUCAUUCGCGAAGAGUGACACACGGGGAAGAACGCAAUGACGGAGCUUGCCAAGGAGGCGUUCACCUCCCGCAAUUAUCAUCUGGCAGUCGAGCUGUACGAGCGAUGCCUGAAGCAGCAAGGGCCGAGCUACGACGUGCUGCUCGGUUACGGCGAUUCCUUGGUCAAGUGCGGUCGUGUCAGGGAGUCCAUUGAGAUCUACUCCAGGUGCUUAACCGCGACGUCUGUGCCGGCUGAGAGACUGAAACAUCUGGCGACCGCACUCCUGGAGGACAUGGUCGGUAUCGGGAUGAGCUCCAGACGGAAGCUCGAGACAUCCUUCGCGUGCCCCCUGUGCGAGGGUACCCUCUGCCAACCGGUGACCACCAGCUGCGGUCACACGUACUGCAGGAGCUGCGUGGAUCCGACGAAGAUCUGUCGCGUGUGCGGGACAAAAAUCGCUAUUGUGAGUGAAACGAAUGUACUAGUGCAAAGACUCGUGGAGAGAUGGUGGCCACGAGAAGUAGAGGCCAGCCGGGCGAGGCACGAGGGUGAUAUCCUCGUGAGGAAGGGUCACCUAGGUCAAGCGCUCGAGAGAUACAACCUGGCGGUUCAUCUUGCACCAAAUAGUCCGCUCCACCUUAGCAACAGGGCUCACGUCUUACUCCUGUUGAAUAGGCCUCUAGCCGCUCUCACGGACGCUGAUCAUGCAGUUAGAUUGCGACCAGACUGGGGCAAGGGACAUUAUAGAAGAGGAAUUGCUUUGUCGGCACUUGGAAGACACGAAGAAGCACUCUAUGCUCUUUGCAUUAGUGUGGCUAUUGACAAAAAUCUACAAGCUGUGCGACAUGAAUUGACCAAGAUUCUGCACAAAGUAUUGUUGCCCAGAAUACAUCGACAAAAUGUCCUGUCGUCACGCAUGCCGUACAGUUUAUCAAAGAGUGCAUCACGCACGAGGAAUCGCCAUCAGCUAAUAAAUCCCAAGCGCAACCGAUGCACUGCCCUGAACAGGUCUGAUUGCGAAGACAACAGCAGUGACGAAGAGGAAUUUACACAAACGGUAAACAGACGCGUUCGGUCCACUAUCAUACCGCAAGUCAACACAAAGUUACAAAUAAGUUUGAAUCGCCUAUACCAAGAUGCAGAAAAAUUGAAAAGAAUUGAGUCAAGACCUGCCGAAAUCCUCUUGCCGACUCUUUCCAGCGGCACUGCUGGAGAAUUGGAUUGCAUCUUAUGUUGCCGCUUGCUUUGGAAACCCGUCACGACACCCUGUGGCCAUACCUAUUGUUGGAUGUGCCUGGACCGUUGCCUGGAUUAUUCCUCGGCGUGUCCCUUGUGCGUCACGUCUUUGGCUGAUUAUCUGGCCAGUAGUCAGAAAACUGUGACAGAUUUCGUAGAAAGAGCACUUAAAACAGUGGCGCCUGCGGAAUACACUUCUAGAGCUGUGAGUCAUCAGCUCGAACUGGUUCAGGGACUAGGUCUUUUGGGUAACGAGCAGAUCGCCGUCUUCAUUUGCACGACAGCUUUUCCCUGCGUUGCCUGCCCUCUAUUCGUUUAUGAACCUAGAUACAGAUUAAUGAUCAGAAGAUGUAUGGAGAGUGGAGUACGCCAAUUCGGAAUCGCCGCAUGUCUCAAUAAGGAAGCAACGGGCACGAAGAGAUAUGCGGAAUAUGGAACUAUUCUAGACAUUCGAGAUCGAGUAUUGCUCAAAGAUGGCUGCAGUAUUCUCAGCACAAUUGGUGGUAGAAGAUUUAGGGUUCUGUCUGGAGGAGAAAAAGAUGGUUAUGAUACAGCACAGGUGGAAUUUCUCAGAGACACCGUCGUACAGGAAGAUCAAUUGUUAAAUCUUCUGGAGCUUCAUGAUAAGGUACGAGCGAAAGGUCGAAGAUGGUGGGACACAGUGUCAACCUCUCAGAAGUCCGAGAUUCAGCGGGUGUUCGGACGUAUGCCAGAUACAGAGGAGGACUGGUCGCGUCUACCGGACGGUCCAUCGUGGGCGUGGUGGUUGCUUGCGAUUCUGCCGCUAGGUCCACAACUGCAGGUGGGUAUUCUGGGCACUACUAGCUUGGAGAAACGGCUGCGUGCUAUUGAGAAGACUCUCGAUCACAUGGAACAAAGACAACUGACAAUCGCGGCUGCUCCUUCCGAGCAGACAACAACUUCAUCAAGCAUCUGCAGGGAUGGAAGAGCGAUUACGGAGACGGCAAUGUCAGUCGUUCAACAAUCGUAGAAAGCAACGAAGUAUUGCAAUACUUUAAAAGCGACCAAUGUUAUUCUGUGACCUGGAAAUAGGAUCGGAAACCUUUCUCACAUGCGAAAAAAA